GAGAAUGUGUCCCGACCGCCCAUUAUAAAAUGAGCUACGACCAUACGAGCGCCGCAUUGUUUUUUCCUGGAGAGACGUCAUGCCUUGCAAACGAGCGAAGCAUGGCAGUUGCUCAGUGUUUGGAUGUACAAAUGAACACAAAAGUCUAUUUUUAGUUCCUUCAUCCGAGCCUCUGAAGAACCAGUGGGUUAAUUAUAGUUUCUCUGGAAAUGUGCCGACACAACUUCCCAAAGUGUUAUAUGUCUGCGCCAGACAUUUCACCGACAACUGUUUCCUUAACUUGGGCCAAUACAGAGCUGGACUUGCUGAACGUCUGAAAAUUAAAUCUGGUUCAGUACCAACUCUCCUUUGCUCAACUACAAACCUUGGACAAGAUAACCGUUCUGCUCUUGGUGUUCGGUUAGAGUGUGCAACUCUGCAAACCAGGGUGAUCCGAUGAGAAUUGGCACAAUUCGAAGCGUUUUACAGCAAAGCGGGCCAGUACAUCAAGCACUUGCAUUCAGCUGCUUCUCUCAAGGAAUGUUGCCUGCCAGACAGACCACCUCGAAACACAUACUGUAGGCACACGGCUAUCCUUAAAGACUUUACUUCCCCACUUUAGAAGUAAAGAAGACUGCGAUGACUUUGGAGAUCGCAGCAUGCAUUGCGCCGCCAUCUCAGAGAGUCUGCGUGUGGACGCCUCCCAUAUGUCCUGUCACAACGGGGAGCUGAGGAUCCUGAGCGUCUAUGGUAAAGGGGAGGGCCCACUGGCGGUGGACGGCCAUAACACCCUCUUUACCGCAUCAGAAGUGGAGGCCCUGAACUCGCUGUCUGCGGACCACAGCGUGGCCACGAGCCUGGACCGCGGCGAUCGGUUGGUCCGCCGCGAGGAGCCGAGUGUGCAGCAGCAGACCCCAGACAUCAUUUCCAUCAAGGUUGAAGAGGAUAUUGGUAGAGGCAUGUCCGCUGCAUGGAUGUACCUGAACGAGCUGCCGGGCCUGACCAAGCUGUCCGGCCUGAGGGAGAUGCCCUUGAAUUCAGCCCGGACAUCGUCCGGACCUAGAAAGAUAACAAAGAGAAGAGGGAGAAAGAGGACAACUGCUAUACUUACGGAUACCCUGGUGAGGGCUGCUUUAGUGGCGGAAAAGCAGGGAACUCUGAAGCAGCGUCGUCCCGCCAAGCAGCCUCCCUCCUCUCGGGCUCCCAAGAAGAGGCUGUUCUUGCCCGCUCCUGAUGCCGCCCCCCUUGCUGGAGUCACCCCUGGUGCCACCUCAGCUGCUCCUCCCACCAUCCACCGCUGAUGGUGUCAGCCCCACCUUAGCCCUAAUUUGUCAUGUUCCGGAUGCAGUAGAGUUCACCACUAUCGCUGCCUCUACUUCUCCAACUUAUUUAGGCCUAUCCAACGAGGACGUCAGCUGCCUCGUGUGAUGCAAGCUCUUCAGCGCCUCGAUGCCUGGGGAAGAGUGGGUCCAGUGUGUUUUUUGCUACAAGUGGUCGCAUGAGGCUUGCACCGACGGGAGUACACACUACCUGUGUCACCUGUGUUACAAAGAAUAAAAAUAUUUAGCCUAC